ACACACCUCAUGAAUUGAUGAAUAUUCAUCAGUUCCAAAUCCGUGUCUGACUCAAAUUCCUGUUAGUGUUACCAAACAAAACCUCGUAAGUUCGAUGUUGACAGGAUCUCCAGGCCAACUGAAUGGAUUCUCAACAAAAUUCCUUACCUUCGGCACUGACGCGUUUGAGUGAAAUCCAGGAGCGCAUCAAUGAAGUCCGUCUACAGAAUGAAUUGACAUGUCAUGACAUCGCACAGCUGCUCAAUAAACCAUGGCCUGGAAAGAUGUCUCCAGCUUCAGCUGGUCUUACAAGAACUCAAGACGGCGGUAGAGAUUCAGCAAGUACUCCUGAGAAGUUGAACAAAGAUGAUGUGUUUUCCUUUGAAGAGCAGUCAAUGUUGGCAGAAGUAGACAGUGUGCUGUCUCAAGCCCAGAAACUGAGGAAUUUUCAGAGCAAGGUAAAAAGCAAACAAACCAGCCAUAAUCUUGGCAGAGCUUCAGCAGUAUCAGCAAAUGCUCCUAACCAUGUGGAAACGUCCAAGCCUAUCAAGGUUGCGGAACCCUCGUUAACAUCAGAUCAGCAGAAAAAUGAAGAGAUUCUGGGUGAACCUAUAAAUAGAAAUACCAAUAACUCUGAAGCAGAAGCUUCUGAUAUAGCAGUCAUUUCUGCGAAGGACCUUGAUAGGCUGCUGAAGAAAGAUCCACCAAUAAGGAAGGAGCAAAUAUCAAGAAUGACCCAUCCAACAUCAGGAUCAAGUAAACUGUCCAACCCACCCAAAUCUAAGAAAUCAACUUCAGUUGCAGCAGGUGUUCCUAGACCUGCAUCGAGGAAAGGUGUGCCACUCCGGACAUCCUCUGCAGAAAUUGGGAGACAUGUGUCAAAGCCAGCAACUCGGUAUGGGGACACCCAGAGCAGGUAUAUGCAGUCAGCUAAAGCAAAGACAUCGCAUAAGAAUGACUCGAAGAAGCCAACUAAGCCAAGUAGUCAAUUAAGUGGAAACCAAUCCAACGUUAGGCAGAGCUCCUCACAAGGACAGAUAAAGUUAGCUUCAGCAACAAAGAGAUUGCCUGAUGAAGUCUCUAAUGUUUCAUCAGGGAAAGGCAAUGCUCAGGUUGAAGAGGCAAUUAGAACUCAGAGAACUCCUGACGGUGAUGUUAUUGAGAAGGUAACCCAUUCUGUGGCACAUCUGAAGGUGUCUCAAGGACUGAAAGGAAGAUCUGACAAUACUUACCAGGAAACAGAAUCCAUAUCUUCAACAAAAGCCAAUCCUACUCCUCAAUCAAAGACGAUUCCAUUUAUACUGCAGAGGGAUGGAUCCAGCCUUACAGUGCCAUCUAAGUUGAAGAAACAUUACCAGAACACCACGAAGCUCAGAGACAAAUUGACCUCUCUGGUCCAUGAGGAUGCCCGAAGCCAUUCUGAUCAAUACCUCAGUCUCUGUGGUGAUAAUUCUUUAUCCUUCUCACAUCUUGAUGGUGAGCUACAGAGACUGGUCGGAGAGUUCCGACACUUGAUUGAACUCACAAGGAAUGUAAGAAAGCAACUCAAGGCAAUACAUGGUAAAACUCACUGGGAGGAUGUGUACUAUCUCAGUUCAAUGUCAGAGGUUAUACGUCAGAGACAAGAUGAGAUCACUACGCAAUUUAGUGAGCUAAAAGAAUGUUUUAAUGAUGACCAUGAUGACAGGGUUUUAAGCAGUCACAAGAAAACGGAGGGAUUCCCUUUCCUUUGGCAUCAAGGGAUUUCCUUCAAAGGUGAAUGCCUUUCCAUACCAGAAGGUCAUAUUCUGCAGUACUCAUCUCGAGCAGAGCUGUUGACAUGGAAUCGACUUGUGUAUCAGAUACAACUUGUUCAACAAGAAAAGAUUAUUCAAGAGGUUGCAGGAAGUGCAAUAUUGGAGCUUCUCUCAAGCAUUGACAGUUCGGAUCACUCCUAUCCAACUCUGUAUCGCAUUGCUCACGGUGUGGUAUUCAACUCGGGGUCAGUCUAUCCAUCUAUGAUAUCAGACGAAGAGAGAGGUAUAACACCUUGCCAGGAGUGCUAAUCAAAUGGGGAGCAUUUCAUGAAACCGAACAGUCAGCGAUUUCCACAGGCAGUUGUUAAAAGCUACUGAAAUCCUUGCAUCUCAUUGGCUGAGAGCGAAUUAGUCGGUGAAAAUCCCUGACCAAACUUUUCACGAAAUGCUCUCCUUAAACUAUAUUUUAAAUUUCAAUUAAAUGCUAAUAAAUCAUCUCCAAAGAUCACUCUUUCAGUUUCUUAAUUUGAACAUUCAAGAAGAUGAAAUAGAUGCAGCAGAAAUUAAAUUAUAUUUCAAGUGCCUAUUUCCAGACAGAGUACUGUUAGUGCAUGCCUCAAUUCAAUUUAACUAUCAAAUUUAACUUAACUUUAAAUUAAUAUUCAAUCAAAUGGUGUUGAAAAAUUAUGCCUGAAACAAUAAGCAUAUAUAUAAACAUUCAUCUUUUAACCAGUUACUUAGAAAUAAUUACCUAAAAAUAGGCAUGUUGCAUAUUUUUAUUGUAACAUUCAGAGAUGACAGUAAUACAGAAGAAAGUUAAAAUAGAUUGAAAAGCACUAUUCCCACACAAGACACAAUAAUCCUUUCUAUCAGAUAGCAUAAUAAGGUGGUAUUUCAUAAAAUUGUUUGUAAUAAUAGCAAUAAAAAUAAUAAUAUGCAACAUUUAUGUAGCUCUGAACUCAAGUACUUUAUACUAAUACCCUGGCUUAAAGAGAAAUGCCAGUAGUUGCAGUAAACACUGAUUUCAUGAGAAAGUCUGUAAAACCAGGCUUAAAGGGGAAUCCAACCCAAAUAAAAACUUGUUUUUAUAAGAAAAAGAAAAAUCAGACAAGUUGAUAGGUGAAAGUUUGAACAAUAUUGGACAAACAACAAGAAAGUUAUGAAUUUUUAAAAGUUGGAAAUAUUGGUAAUCACUAUACCCAUGGAGACUUCAAAUUGGCCGCAUAUGGGAUGUCAUAGUGAUGUAAGGCAAGGACUACUCUUCCAUGUACUCCAAUACAUAUUAUUGGUAAAAUGUCAUUUUCCCAAAAAGUUUUAUGUCAAAUUAUAUUUUUCUUUCAUGAGGACAUAAAACAAUAUACUACCUGGAUUAUAAUUAGAUUACUGCCCCAGGGGAAUGGGUACUUAGGAGAAAACCACAAAUCCCUGAUAAUAAAGUACUUGGCUUAUGGGAAAGUUGUCCUUGCCCCUUGUCAUAAUUUACUUACCCAGUUGCCAAUUUGAAAUCUACAUACUAUUAGUGAUCUCAAUUUUAAAGCAGCUAUAACUUUCUAAUUGCUUGUCCGAUUUCUUUCAAACUUUCACCAUUCUGUUUGAUUUAUUUUUCUCCUUCCCAACACAACAUUUUAUUGCCAAGGCUGGAUUCCCCUUUAAUUGUCAGUAUAUCAUCGAGGAUCUAGAUCUGGUACAGUUACAUAAACUGAACUUUGUGAAAUCUUGAAAUCUACGCUGAGAAAUGUUCACACUGAAGAUCACCAACACAGAUAGGCACACGUGGGACAGUGUAUUAUUAUUGCUGGAAUAAAGACCCGACGGAAGUGACCGAAUCCGCGCUUAUUUUGCUUAUUUCUCAGCAAUUACACAAUUUCUUCCAGAAUCCUUUGGCACAUAUUUUUUAUUCAUACCAACAGACACUUGGGUGGUCAUUAUAUUAGAUUCUGUAAAAAGUCAUUUUGAGAUCGUUACCAGAACUGGAAUUUAUCUUUAAGCACCGGCAUGGCUACACUGAUUAGCCGCUUGAACACUGGGUACCCAUUUACUAUGUCUGUGUGGAUAUUGGUGAAUGUAGAUGAAUGCCUUGCCAAAGGAUGCAAAAGCUGUGUUGGUACUGGAUCCCCCAACUCAUGCACCACUUUAUCAACUGGAACAUGUAUCCAUCUAGUCAUUUAUUGAAAAAUUCUAUGUUUGGGUUGGAUUCCCCUUUAAACAGGUUAAUUAUCAGAAUGUAAUAUCUGUGUGGAUAUGUCUGUGUGGAUAUUGGUGAAUGUAGAUAAAUGCCUUGCCAGAGGAUGCAAAAGCUGUGUUGGUACUGGAUCCCCCAACUCAUGCACCACUUUAUCAACUGGAACAUGUAUCCAUCUAGUCAUUUAUUGAAAGAUUUUCUGUUUGGGUUGGAUUCCCCUUUAAACAGGUUAAUUCUCAGAAUGUAAUAUCUGCAGAGUUGUAAGAUAAUGUAUAUCUUCUGACUAUUGAAAUGCAUAUAUUUUUUUUUUUUAUAUGCCUUGUAAUAAACAAGAUCAAGGCCACCACAGUGCAAUUGUUCUUGGUUUACCAAUGACCUCAUCGAUUUAAAGGCUUUGCUAAUCUGUUGUGAUGGUAUAUUGAUCCAGGGUAGUCGUCGCUUGACGGUUUCAUUUCCUCUUGGAGUGUGAAGUAGGGCAGUGCUCAGAUAAUAGGGGUGUUUACACUCACGUAAAUCAUUGUUUUAUUUACUAAAGAUAUUCUUUAGUGUAGAGUUGAUUUCAUUUUAUCUUGGAGUGUGAAGUAAGCAGUGCUCAGAUAAUAAGUGUGUUCACAUUACUUUUAAAUAAUUGAUUUUCUAAUGUAUAUACAGUAUUCUGUGUUGGGGUGAUUUUAUUUCCUUUUGGGGUGUAAAGUAGGGCAGGGCUCAGAUAAUAGGGGUGUUUACACUCACGUAAAUCAUUGUUUUAUUCACUAAAGAUAUUCUUUAGUGUAGAGUUGAUUUCAUUUUAUCUUGGAGUGUGAAGUAAGCAGUGCUCAGAUAAUAAGUGUGUUCACAUUACUUUUAAAUCAUUGAUUUUCUAAUGUAUAUACAGUAUUCUGUGUUGGGGUGAUUUUAUUUCCUUUUGGGGUGUAAAGUAGGGCAGGGCUCAGAAAAUAGGGGUGUUCACAAUUAAGUAAAAUAUUGAUUUAUUUUAAAGACAUUCUUUAGUGUUGAGAUUAUUUCAUUCCUCUUGGAGUGUGAAGUAGUCAGUGCUCAGAAAAUAAGUGUGUUAACACUCCAGUAAAAUAUAUAAAUUGAUUUACUAAAGAUAUUCAUGUGCUUAGAACAUAUUAAUCAGUGAAAAUCACUGACAAAAUGCCUCAUGAAACCGUCCCCAGGCUACUCUCAUUGCUCCCUUAUUUCAACACUUAAGAAAUAACUUGUGCAAUACAUCCAGACUGGGCAAUGGCAGAGGCACCAAUUUUGGUUGCACUGUUGAGAAUCAUUCUAGUUUCCUUUGAUAUAUUAGGUACAACGAUUAGAUUAUUUGAAUAUGGGUAUGGUCUAAGAAAAUCAACACCAAAUGAAUAUGAUGAGUGUGGGUUACAUGCAUGUUUUGGCCCAAUGCUUGAAAAUAAAAUCUGUUUAUUUUCUUUUUUCUUACCAUGUGGUAGUAACGAAAAUGAUGCAUAUACAAAUUCCCUUCAACUCACGAAGGCAUGAUAUUAAAAAAAAACAGUUGAGAAUCAUUCUAGUUCCGUUGAUAUAUUAGGUAUGAUUAGAUUAUUUGAAUAUGGGUAUGGUCUAAGAAAAUCAACACCAAAUGAAUAUGAUGAGUGUGGGUUACAUGCAUGUUUUGGCCCACUGCUUGAAAAUAAAAUCUGUUUACUUUCUUUUUUCUAACCAUGUGGUAGUAACAAAAAAUACAUAUACGAAUUCCCUUCAACUCACGAAGGCAUGAUAUUAAAAAAAAACAGUUGAGAAUCGUUCUAGUUCCGUUGAUAUAUUAGGUAUGAUUAGAUUAUUUGAAUAUGGGUAUGGUCUGAGAAAAUUAACUCCAAAUGAAUAUGAUGAGUGUGGUUUAAAUGCAUGUUUUGGCCCACUGCUUGAAAAUAAAAUUUGUUUACUUUCUUUUUCUUACCAUGUGGUUGUAAAAAAAAUACAUAUACGAAUUCCCUUCAACUCGCGAAGGCAUGAUAUAAAAAACAAAAACAAAAAACAAAUGCAUUUAACAGACAGAAGAAUCCAUCUCCCAUUUGAAGAACUGGUCUUAUGAAAUUUAGUCUUUGGCUUUCCUGUGUGAGGAAAUGAACUUCUUGAUACAUGACCUUGUUAUAAAUGUACCUCACUUUCGUGACACAUCAAGUUAUGAUCUGUUUGGUUUUAAAUUUGGAAUGUUUUUAUUUCUCAUCCGAUACUGUAUUUAAAAGUGCACCUCACACUCAACCCCCCCCCCCCCCCCACCUUUAACAGGUUACAACAUGCUCCACAUUUGAUCUUU